AUGCCGCCUCGCGUUCGUCUGCUCACCCAUCCACGAGUGUGUGCUCUUUCGCGUCCGCCGAUCCGGAGCCAGAGCUCGCUGCGGAGCUUCAUCGAGAGCCUCCAUCAAUCUCCCGAGGACAAGUCCGCUGCAACUGAGGAUGCUCAUGAUAAGUCCGCUGGAUCCAAGGAUGCUCAUGAUAGCCUCCAGGUUCAAAAAGAACUCUACCAUAUUGGCACAGUCACUACCAAAAACCCCAGUAACACGGACAUCAGUAGUCUCAUUGACCAAAUUGAGCCGGUGCCUUUCUUGAUACCGGAUCACAAGCUCCCAACUGCCAUGUUGCUGGUCACUCCAUCCUUUGCCUCCGCCCUAAAGCCUUUAAAGGUUGGCGCUCCGGAAGCAAUCACCCAGGCCGCGUCCCGCAUGCUCCAGCAGUCGCUCGAACAUGCAACUCUUCUCAAAGGCAUUCGCGUUGUCGCCGCUGUAGUCGACCGGCUCCCGAGUCCCGAGGAUAGCUCGCAGGCGAGCAAAGGCAGGGAGGGUCUGGCUUAUGCACUGUGGUUCAACGACAAUGUCACGCGUCAUAGCUGGACAGCGGAACGAGAUGCGAAGAGGAUAAGUGAACGCAACGAUGCUUCUGCUUCUAUCUCCUUUGACAUCUUCGAUCGCUUCAAACUGGUCGAUCUGGAAGGACAGCCACGAAAGGACUACUCCACUACCAUCAUCCGACUGCGCCUUCCUCUUGCAAAUACCCUCUUCCAGACUGGACACACGUCUAUAAUGUACAAUAUCUUGUACAGAGCCAGCAAAAUAGACGAACCUGUGCAUUCUGAACAUGCUGCCCUCCAACAUCGUCGUACUCUGCAUGCGGAGAAGGUCAUCAAAACCGACUCUCAACGUGUAACGUGGCCGGUAUCUGGCCGAUAUCUAGCACAUAAGAUUAGCCAUUUCCCCGUGGAGCACGAGACGUUGCACCAGCUUCGUGCACCUCUCGUGCCAUUGACCCCCCCGAGGGAGGUCAAAGCCGGCAUGGGGAACAUUAUUCGACAAAUCAUGGGCCCUGAUGGAAAAGAAGCUCCCGCAUCUCAAGAACUGGAGAAGGCUGUCUCGUCAUACUUUGAGGCUACGGGCCAGGCCCCGCAUGCUAUGCCCGUAUGGGCGCUGGUCACUUCUGAGAAAACCACCAAGUAUUUCUCAUCGUCCGUUCUCUCGGCGCUCGAGAAGUGGCAACCGCAGAGGUUCAGUCAAAUGUAUGACUAUGCUGGCAUAUCUUCUCUAUUUUUGGCCGACGCUUGGAAUGCCGACCACAAGCUAUUCCACACCGCGGUUUGGAAAGUCUUGUUGCGCGGUAAUGGGAAACUCCACCGUGUUCUCAGUGGUGGCGGCGGAUGGGGCAAGAAAGCAGGCCUUAUUUCCUUGGACCCGGCGAAAUCCAUUAGCGAGGCUGCUGAAAAUGCUGCUGAUGUCGACGAGAUGGAUUUACGACCGGUAGCGGUGCCUGGCUCAUACAUCACAUUUUUGACAUCUCCAGUUUCAUCCCUCGAAUUACCGAAAUACGAACAAGACACAUGCGCGUUCGGCACUAUACCAAGCACCAUUGAUGACAUUCCCGACACAACGACAGAAGGACCUUCCAGUAUCGAUGCCUGGCCCGGCUAUUUCGGUGCCUUGUCAGAGCAGGGGAUGAGUAUAAACUCGGCGAAAUAUGAGAUACGCAACGCCAAAGGUCAGUUCUAA